GUCAACAGUCAACCAUGACAACAACACCAACAUAGUAUCUACCUACCGUACCUUGUCGCGACACAAGACACUGAGAAUGCUUCAAUGCAGCUCUCGCGCCUCCUCUUCCUCAUAGCACUAGUCCUCCUCCCACCAUGUCUCCUCUCCACAACAUGGCUCUACCUCUACCCCCAGCUGCACUCGUGCGCAUUUCCCACCCCCAACGGUGACAACAAUAACAACCACAACAUCUCAAGAAAACAACCUCACCCUCACGAAGCGCCCUUCCGACUCCUCGCCCUAGGCGACCCCCAACUCGAAGGUGACUCCUCCCUCCCCUCCCCAGACGAGCCUCUCCUGCCUUCCCUGUCCGACCUCUUUUCCGCCUCCACCUUCCCGGACCUCAAAUCCGCCCUCCACUCCCUCCUCACAGCCGACGUUCCGGCCGCAUUCCACUCCCAGCGCAAGCGCCUCGACCUCCUCGGCAACGACUACUACCUCGCGCACAUCGUGCGCUCCCUCCGACGGCACACGCACCCUACGCACGUCGCGGUUUUAGGCGACCUCCUCGGCUCGCAAUGGGUGUCUGACGAGGAGUUUGAGCGGCGGGCGGGGCGGUACUGGGGGAGGGUGUUUAAGGGGAUGGAGAGGGUGCCUGAGGGGUAUAUGUGGGGUGACGACAGGAGCAAGUGGGAGAGUAAGAGGGAGGUCCUCGGGGCGGAUGAGAAGUGGGAGGAUAGGGUUAUUAAUAUCGCGGGGAACCAUGAUGUUGGGUACGCUGGGGAUCUGGAUGAGGAUCGAGUGGAGAGAUUUGAGAGGGCGUUUGGGAGGGUGAAUUGGGAUUUGUGGUUGGAGUAUCCUGCGGCGGACGAGAAGAUAUCCAUCUACAACGAUGAUGCGCACGACGGGCAAGAGGAAGAAAGCAGAGACGACGUACCAGCGCUCCGCCUGGUAAUCCUCAACACCAUGAACAUCGACGUCCCCGCGCUCUCAGACGACCUCCAACGCUCAACCUACGACUUCCUAAACCACAUCAUCACCACCUCCCUCCCCGUCGAGUCCUCCUCACACUCCACGGUCCUCCUCACGCACAUCCCGCUGCACAAGGAAUCCGGGACCUGCGUCGAUGCCCCGCUCUUCACAUUCUUCUCAGGCCACCCGCAGGGCAUAAAAGAGCAAAACAUGCUAUCCGAGCACUCGUCCAAGACGAUCCUCGAAGGCAUCUUCGGGCUGAGCGGGAACGCCGACGGCCCGAAUCGAGGACUCGGGAGGAAAGGAGUCAUAAUCAACGGACACGACCACGAGGGCUGCGACGUCAUACACUACCACUCCUCGCUCCCUUGGUCCCCUAACGCCGUCGACGAACGCAACGAAGAUAGCGCCGAAACGUACUGCGAGACAUCACCAGCCGGCGACGCCAUAUGCUACGGCAACGCGACCUCCCCCCAAGACAACGACUCACCGCCCUCCUGGCGCGCAAUCCGCACACCAUCGCUCCCACCGCGCCUCCCUCUCACAUCCCCACCCCCUAAUAACGACCCGAUCCCAAGCCUCCGCGAAGUCACGCUCCGCAGCAUGAUGGGUUCCUUCGGCGGGCGCGCGGGCUUCCUAUCCGCGUGGUACGACACCGAGAGCCGUGAAUGGCGUCUCGAGAUCGCGAGCUGCGGGCUCGGGGUCCAGCAUUGGUGGUGGGGGGUCCAUAUCGCGGACUUCGUGCUCGUGCUCGUUGCGGUGUCUGCGGUGAUGGCGUGGGGGGUUGAGAGGGUGGUUGGUGGUGGUGGGGCUGCUGUGGUGGAUGGGAAGGAGAAGGAGGAAAAGGGGAAAGGAUGAUGAUAUGAGGGAUGAUCUUUAUGGAAAUAUAUAUUCGCAUUUUUUAUCGCAUUUCUUUGGGAGGUUGUGGGAUAUCAGCAGCGCAGCGCGGCAUAGCGUAUUUUAUGUAGCAUGUAGGAUAUCUGCCUAUCUAUCGCAAGAGUAAUUAUCAUUGUUA